UGUCUUAGUUUGUUACUCCGAGGUCCGGAUAAAAGCGGGGAACCUUUUAAAUGCCUCCUUUGGGAAACGAGGUGAAAUCAUGUUGUGCAAUAAUCUUUAAAUAAUCUUUAACUCCCUGGACUGGGUUAGGAAGAAAAAGUCCCAAGCUGGUGCUGCAGAAAACCCUUCCCUGGGGUAGUAGCUUUUAUAUUCUUUCCUGGGGGAAGGCUGGGCUUUAUUUUUUUUUACUCAUGAUUUUAAGAGAUUCUCUUUGCCUGGUAAAAUCCUCUUGCCCUUGCCAUUUCUCAUGGAGGUCUCUCUUAGCUGUUUGGGGCUGCUUUCUGUCUCUUGGGGCAGGAUCUGAUUUUGAGUCUGGUAUAACAAAUGUAAAGGCCUCACUGUUUGGAAAUAUAAUUAAGCCCAUAGUGGCUUAAACCACUAGAUAUCUAACUUAGAAUAAGAUCUAUUUGUAUGUCAAAGGGAUGGCUUUGUAGAGGAAGAAAACUAGAAAUCUUAGAAGGGAAUCGAAUACAGGCUGCUCUGCCUUUGGUAGGAUUGAGGCUUAUGGUCUGGCUUGUUCCUUUCCUCCUAAAGAAGAGAUUCUGAAGUAUCUUCAUGCUUUGACUUCUUUUUCCUUUUAUAGCAGGAAAGGGGAUGAGGGAAUAGGCAUUCUGCAGCCUUUUCUGGAGAGGGAACUUCUUUCUUUGCUGGCAGAAUCUUCCAGGUCAUGGAGGGCAGAUUGAGUCUCGCUGCUGAAGUCAUUAGCGUUGGCUCUGCCCCUGGCUCUGUGAGCACAGACCCAUGUAAAGGCUCCUUACAGGUCUUUCUUCCCUUUGGGGAAUUAGCUUCGUAUGCAUCCACUCAUCCAUCAAUACACUUGGAUCUCUAGGCAGAAACAGGGUUUUCCCACACCCUUUUCAUUUACAGAUGUCCAGGAUUUGGGGACCUUUCCUAUUCCAUAGAGACUGAUGCCUUUGUCACCUCCGGGUGAGAUACGACAGUGUGAGCUUGACAGCUGUCUGGAAGCUCCAGUUGUUGCUGUGUGCAGUGCUUGACUUCCUGGGGGCAUGUGAAAUGUCAGCAUCUUACAAGAAGGCAGGAACGUUUCCAGUGGUGAAGCUGGACAAGGCCAGAGCUACGGGGCCAGGGAAACAUGUCCCGUCGGAAACAGACCAAUCCAAAUAAAGUUCACUGGGAACAGGUAUUUGCUGGGCUGGAGGAGCAAGCCCGACAGGCGAUGAUGAAAACUGAUUUUCCUGGAGAUCUUGGCAAUCAGCAUCCAGCUAUCCAACAACUGAGAGAUCAGGCCUCCAGUAGCAGCGACAGUGAGGGAGACGAAGAGGAGACCACACAAGACGAAGUCUCUUCCCACACAUCCGAGGAGGAUGGCGGGAUGGUGAAAGUGAAAAAGGAGUUAGAGAACGCAGAGCAGAGUGUUGGAGGGAAUGAGGUGAUAGGGGAGCAUGAGGUCACGGAACAUUUGAAUUCAGAUCCCAUGCUUGGUCUUUGUCAAUGUCCCCUUUGUCAGUUGGACUGUGGUAGCCGAGAACAACUCAUUGCUCAUGUCUACCAGCACACCGCAGCAGUGGUGAGUGCCAAGAGUUACGUGUGCCCCGUGUGUGGCCGAGCCCUCAGCUCCCCAGGAUCGCUGGGCCGCCACCUCCUCAUCCACUCCGAGGACCAGCGGUCUAACUGUGCAGUGUGUGGUGCUCGUUUCACCAGCCACGCCACCUUCAACAGUGAAAAGCUUCCAGAAGUGCUGAAUAUGGAGUCUGUACCCCCCAACCACAGCGAAGGCCCCUCCAGUGCAGAGGGGAAGGACAUUGCCUUCAGUCCCCCCGUGUACCCUGCUGGCAUCCUGCUGGUGUGCAACAACUGUGCGGCCUACCGCAAGCUGCUAGAAGCCCAGGCACCUGGGGUCCGCAAAUGGGCGCUGCGGCGGCAGAACGAGCCUCUGGAGGUUCGGCUGCAGAGGCUGGAACGGGAACGCACGGCCAAGAAGAGCCGGAGGGACAACGAGACCCCUGAAGAACGGGAAGUGAGGCGCAUGCGGGACCGGGAAGCCAAGCGCCUGCAGCGCCUGCAGGAAACUGAUGAGCAGCGGGCACGCCGCCUGCAGCGGGACCGAGAGGCCAUGAGGCUUAAACGCGCCAACGAGACUCCGGAGAAGCGGCAGGCCCGGCUUAUCCGGGAGCGCGAAGCCAAGCGGCUAAAGCGGCGGCUGGAAAAAAUGGACAUGAUGUUGCGAGCUCAGUUCGGUCAGGACCCCUCUGCUGUGGCCGCCUUGGCAGCCGAGAUGAGCUUCUUUCAGCUGCCAGUGGGCAGCGUGGAACUGGAGAGUCAGCUUCUGGGCAAGGUGGCCUUCGAGGAGCAGAACAGCAGCUCCCUCCACUGACCAGACCAGAUCCACCCUGGCCAACACGGACCAGUCCUCUGCCUGCCCACAAGCCUCUGUCCCCACUGCUGGGGAGGCUCCUGGGUUUGGCCCCGGCUUAGCUCAUGCCGACACACACGCACCGAAGCUUCCCUUGCAUGCUGGAGGAAAAUGGGGACAAAGAGGGCUGGCUCAGGUGGCCCCGGAGGGAGCAGGCACUCCAGACUAGAUUCCCAAGCCAUGGUUGCAGGACAUGAUUAGUGCUCUGCAAGCUAGGUAAAGCCCCCACUUGAGGGCAAAUAAAUUAAUUUUAUCUUUAUUAA